CCACACAAUUCGCCUUGCACGCGUGCAUUCGCGCGUCGGCUGUCAGGCGCACACCAGCUUCAAGCUCUGGUGUUUGCACUCGACACAAAAAUGUCAAACAUUGUUGACAGCAGUGUGCCACUGAUUUUUUUUGAACCGGAAGUAAGAAGCUGCGGAAUUCUUGUUGUGCAGCAUUGAAAGCCGCAUGCUGGUUGGAGACGAAGGCAGCGGCGGUGAAUGUGGGGUGGUGGUGGUAGUGGUUUUUAUUUCCAAGAUUACUGAGCUACGAUUUUCACAACGUGCAACUCGUGCCCGGGAGGCUAGACAAGCGAAAUUGCGAUCCUCGCGAGGACUUUGAUAUGCGCGACCCGCUGACAGACGAUUAUGGAGAGAGCUGAUGCCGGGGGUGGUGAAGGACGGUUUCGAGUGAUCCUCCUUACCGUUCUGAUAGCUCUCGUAGACGGAUCAAGAGCCUCAGGUGCAGGUGCCUGCGGCCUGGCGGAAUUAACCUGUCGCGACGGACAUUGCGUACCGGGCGAUGCCUACUGCAAUGGAAUAAACGAUUGCGGCGAUGGAAGUGACGAACCGGCACUUUGCACGCCAUGCAACCGUACUUACCACGGCCGCGUCGGCAGAACUUACAAGCUCGAGCUCACACGUCCCACUGAGGGGCGGCUUCCCUUUCUCUGUCACUUAACAUUCACUGCAGGAGGCCAAGGCCUCGGGGAAUUCGUUCAACUCUUGUGGGACGCCUUCAGCAUAGGACGUCUCGAUCCUGACGCGAGUUCUCUUUCGACCAGCUGUCCAGAAGGAUACAUGCAACUCUUGGAACUCGGAAAAGCACUCACCGACAGUUCUUGGUGUGGCCCAGGCGACGGAAGAGCGACUUACUACAGUGAGGCGAGCACUGUCACCGCUUCGAUACGUCUCUUUCACGCGCCGUCAAUUGUUCCAUUCGAAUUUCGCCUGCGUUAUCGUUUUGUGUCGCGUGAGGAGGCCGUGGCUCGCCUGGGAAAGCCUGAAUUUCCUAUUGAACGUGGCUCACCCGUUCCAGGUACUUAUUGCUCAAGGGACUUUUACGAAUGCCACCAGAAGAAAUGUCGCGUUCAGAGUCCAAACUAUCCCGGUGAAUAUCCCAGAAAUACCAGUUGUUUGAUAACGUUAAGGCAAAAGUUUGUCCCAACAUGUAAACACGCAAUGAUAUCAAUUAAGGCGAGUUCGACAAGUCUCGCGGGACUGGCGACGAGCAAUUCGACUCUAAGUGUGUGGCAGGACUGCCCCUCAGAUAGGGAUCGCCUCAUCUUUCGUGACGGCUCGCACGUGGACGAUCCGAUUCUGCUGAUAUAUUGCGGGGGUCCACUGCCGAAAGUCACAGCCAGAGGAUCGACCAUGCUGGUGGAAUUCCGCAGUUCGCCAGAGGCAAUUCCACUGGGUGCGUCGAGUCUUCGUCUUGAAAUGGAGGUGCAAGUGAUUUACGUUGAUUCGGAUGGAAUGGAUUUCGCACAAGGCGCUCAGGGUUGUCAUUUUUUUGUUAAUGGAACGUCAAAAAGAAGUGGAAUAUUGAGAGCUCCUCUUCACGCACUGCCUCCUACGACUAGUUGCACAUGGAAUAUAAAAGGCGCUCUUGGCGAUCGUGUGUGGAUCUACUUUGCCUCCUAUUCUCAAAGAGAUCUCACUGGCAGUGCGGAGAACAAUUCGAGUAUUCAGAUCGAACCGCCGUGUACAAUUAAAAUGACGUUUUGGGAUGGCGCACCGUCUACGGGCAUACCAAUGGCUGUUCUGUGCGAUGAUGUUCCUAGAAUUUGUGCUCACGCGGCUCUGAGAAAUGCCACUAGAACCACCAGGCCAUGCACUGAGGAAGAGAGCUACCUCACCAUUGCACCCAGCCUCCUUCUGCGGAUGGAGACGACCCCUGGGACCACUCUUCACACUGUUAACUUUCAAGCCCGGUACGAAUUCAUCUCGACACUGCAAGGAGGCGAGCCUUGGGGCGACGGGCCGUGCAGCAGGAUAUGGCGCAAAGUGCAGAGCGGGGACGUGGCGUCACCACACGACGUGCGGCUGUUCGGCCGCGGAGGGUCCACGAAACUCGACUGCCGCUACAGAAUCGAGGCCGGUCCAGGGGAGCGGGUGCGGCUGACGAUUCAUAAUGUGAGUCUAGGCGAGACGACGUCCUGCACGAGUGAACCCGACCCACACUCCGGACGUCCAAGAUGUGUCCAAGACGCAGGCAGUCGGGAGACGCGGUUCACUCUCUACGAGGCGCCUUGGCGAGACGUCAAACUUCCUCGAGCUUGUCUUUGUGACAACACCUCGAACCUUCCCCUCGUCCAUAUUUCAGCGGGACGGGCUUUGGAAAUAACCUUCUUCGUUGACCAGCAAGCGCCGUAUGAAGAUUUCCAAUCGCUCUUCUUCUACGCCAGUUUUGAACUCAUCCGAGCGCCUGAGUGUCCCAGGAAGCAAAGGGUUCGUGGAGAAGGUGGUGAAUUGAGGUUCGUCUCCCCUCCGCUCUCACGGCCAGACAUUUACUGCGAGGGUCUUCCCUGGUUGGUGGAGGCGCGCGACAACAGGUCCCUGUUCGUUCUAACGUGGGGCUGGCUGCUGCCCCUGGAGCCGCCGUCAGUCCUCGAAUCGAGCGACAGUUUCAAGUGUCCCACGACCAAUCGAAUACUGCUCUACUCGGGCUGGCCACCGAAGCUCCUCAAAGUCGUCUGCCCCGCUGAGCCAGGAGCGAAGGACUUCACCGUGCAAGUCUUCUCCGAGGAAUGGUUGGGUCGCGCCGAGGGAAAGUGGCCCGGACCUCCGAGGCCGCCGGCUCUACUCGUCGAAUUCAUAGCUCGCGAAUCGGGACAAGCUGCAGCUUCGUGGCUCGAGAUCUCCAAAAGCCGAUCGGCACUCAGGCGACAACUGCGUCUUCCUGAACGUGGCGUCGAAAACGACACGAGUCUCUUUGGCGACUGCAUUCACAAGUGCCCUGAACUCGGGGCUUGCAUUGCAGCGAGUUUGUGGUGUGAUGGGAGGGUGCAUUGUCCCUCGGGUCACGAUGAAGCCAACUGUGGGAGUGGUGCUAGAUUGUUGGGACUUUUACCUUCAGCGAUGUGGAUGGUGGUCGCUGGAGUCGCUGGAAUUGCCUCUGCCUUUGCGUGCCUACUUGCUAUCCUGAUAAGCAGAUCAAAGACACGCGCAAAAAGACUUCAUUAUAAAGGGACGAAAAAGUGCAAGCCUAGAAGAGCGCCGACGGAAGAAACUUUAUUGGGUGGAGCAUCCUGACAGCAACAUCCCGGUUACGUGGAAUAUAUUCACGUCGACCGGGAGACAACCGUCUAGCGAAACUAUUCUGUGCUUCACCGUCCACUGAAUUUCUCAAAACCAUUUUCAGAUGACAGGAUCAAGAUGAUAGUAAUCUUUUUCUAGUGCAUUGGACUCUCACCAAACAAAUUCUCUCUUCAGUGUAGAUAAAUCAACCAUGAGUGCUUGCAAAAAAAAUUCUAAUUGCAUCUUUAACACAAAAAGAAUAACAGGGUCGUCAGAAAAAGUUUUCUUUAUCGACAAAUAAUUUAUCCUUUGCAAGUAGAAGACAUUUUUAGCCAAGAUUUUAAAGGAACUCUUCAAAAGGUCAGUCCUUUCCAUUCAAGAACUUUCUCUCUCCAUAUUAACAAAAUAGGAUUUUCUGAAAAAAAUGUAAAAGUUAUUCAAAAGAUGAAUAAAUUCAUGAAAAUUGGCUUAAAAUACGAUUUUUAAAAACUAAAAAUCCGAUGCGCUCUCAAGAAAGGUGUAUAAAAAGCAAAAAAUUGUAGGUUAUUAAAGAUGUGCAAAAAGCUCGAAUAGCAUGGUCGAGCUCGAGCCGGGCUCGAGUUUUAGUUACUCAAAAACAUUUGAGUGCUCGAAAAAUUCAAGUGCUCAAAAUUAUUUUAGGUUUAAUACUGCACGUGUCGGAUGGAAUUUGGUUCAAGUUCGGAUUGAUUCUGCUCAGCUCUGCUAGAAAAACGAAAAGCUUGAAAUACUCGAUCGAGCUUUUUGCACAACUCUA